CGAGAAGAAGGAGGAGGAGGAGGAGGAGAAGAAGAAGAAGAAGGAGAGGGGAAGCAGCAGCAGCAGAAGCAGAAGCUGGCGGGGGCCUGGCCGAGGCCCCGAGGGGUGCGGGAGUGACCUGGGGCCCCAGCCCUGGCCGCAGGCACGCCCCAUGCCGGCCUUCCAGCCCGAGCGGCACCCCGGCCCCUGCCCACCGGCCUUCGGUGCGGGCCCCGCGGCCGUGGCGGAGCGCAGCGAGACCCCGACCUGAGCCUGGCUCGGCGCCGCCACAGCGCCGGGGGCAGCUCUCCGAGCAGAGCCCCGGAGGAUGGAAGAGAAAAGCAUGCUGUGUGACCUCUUUGAAGAGCAGAACCUUACCAGUCCCAGGGAGGAGAGCACUGAAGGUGAUGUGAAGACAUUUUGGACACUAUUGGGAGGUAGAAGAGUGGAUGUCAUAUUUGAGCAGCUGCAGAAUGUGCUGUCCUUGCUGAAGGAAAAGAUCAAGAAUGGAACUGCAACAAACCAAGAGUGCUGGCAGGCUUGGGCAUUGGUGAAUGAAGCUAAUCUAGGUGAUCUCUUAACCUUGCCAAAUGUAACCGAUGAAUUGAAUGGAGAUGAUGCACAGGAAACCAAACCCAAACUGCAGCCUCUUCUUCCAGAUGACAAUGCUGUAGACACUGUAGAAGCUUCUGACAGUAGCGAAAAAGAGGACAUGGAAAAAACCUGCUCAGGGAGUAAAGAAGCACCAAGCAAAAUUCAACCUUUAAAAGUUCAGUAUCAGAACCACAAGUGCUCUAGUGCAUGUCUUGCCAACAGAGCAGUGGGUUCCUACAAGGGGGAAAAUCCUCUGAAGAUCCCCAUCCUGUUUGACUUCCAAAGACGCCAUGCGAAAGCAGACUGCCUUUCGAAGCCGCUGGAUGUGAAUUACAAAGCUCCUUGUGGUCGGAGUCUGAGAAGCUUUCGAGAUGUGCGGAACUACUUGUUUGAAACAGAGUGCAAUUUCUUGUUUGUUGAUCACUUCUCCUUCAACACCUAUGUGCUGUUGGGCAGGAACACCAUGAAUCCCGAGCCCCUGGUGUUUGAGUUCGAUAUCAGCGACGGGGCCGAGUCUGUGCCCAUCUCCUUCUGUAACAACCUCGACCACGCAAGAUUGCCUUAUUUCAAGUAUCGGAAGUCCUCGUGGCCACGUGGAUAUUAUCUCAACAAUCUCUCCAGCCUGUUUGUUGAUUCCUGUGACUGCACAGAUGGCUGCAUCGAUAGGUCCAAAUGUGCAUGCCUACAGCUAACAGCAAGAGGCUGUAGUAAAAUUUCUCUGUCUCCAAGUAGUAAAAGAUCCCAUGGGUACCGUUACAAGAGGCUGGAGGGACCUGUUCCUAGUGGGAUUUACGAGUGUAGUGUGCUGUGCAGGUGUGACAAGCUGAUGUGUCAGAACAGAGUUGUGCAGCAUGGCAUUCAAGUCAGGCUGCAAGUGUUCAACACGGAGAAGAAGGGCUGGGGUGUCCGCUGCCUGGACGACAUCGACAAGGGGACAUUUGUUUGUACUUACUCAGGCAGAUUAAUGAGCAGAGCUGAAGUUUUGGGAGAUAGUGAGCAAGAGCUGAAGGAGAAAAGUGCAGUGAAUGAUAGAGGCCAUGACUUUUCUUCCAAAAAAAGAAAACUUGACCUUGGUCGUUCAGACUCAGUGAUUGAACUAGUGCAGACUGAGAAAAAUGACAUUCUUGAGAAUCAGGAUUCUUUGUCUCAGGCUGUGGAUAAUGAAAAUAAAUCAACUCUGGUCCAUCUGAAGAACUCAAGUAAUGCAGCAGUGAGAAGGCCUGGAACUGGAACACUUGUUUUUCGCAAUCACCAGCCAGAAAUGGUGCACAGUACCAGCUCAGAGGAAGAUGAUAGUUCUCAGAUUCAUCAGCCAAGCAAAACAAAACUGACCAGUGGAACAAAGAAAGGAAAAGAAAAAUGCGCCCAGCAGCAGAAGAAAGAGCAUCUGAUGGACAUGGGACAGACUGACUCUGCUGGUGUAGAGAUUGCAGGAUGUGAAAGGAAGAGUCUGUCACUGCAGGGUGUUGAGUGUGGCAAGCCCAGUGUGCUGGAUGACACUUGUGUUGUGAGGCCAUCCAGCAAUGCACCGCUAAAAGCUGACUGCAGAGAAAAUAGCAGGCAGCCAAAACAAGAUGCACUUUGUGAGGAGUUUGAGGGUGAUGGGAUGCCUCCCAAGAACAGUAAUGAAGAAAAUAUUUAUGUACUGGAUGCCACAAAAGAAGGAAAUGUGGGUCGUUUUCUAAAUCACAGCUGCUGCCCAAAUCUCUUUGCACAAAGUGUGUUUGUAGAAACUCACAACAGAAGUUUUCCAUGGGUUGCAUUCUUCACAAACAGACAUGUGAAAGCUGGAACCGAACUCACCUGGGAUUAUGGUUAUGAAGCUGGAAGCAUGCCAGAGACAGAAAUUUCCUGUCACUGUGGAGUUCAGAAGUGCAGGAAAAAAACCUUAUAGGCAAAAGCUUUCCUGCUGUCAACACAUCUCAUACCUGGGAAUUUAUAUGCUGGAAGGGAUGACUACUCAGCAAACAGCCCUCAAGUCCGUGGUGCUAAUUGCAUUCAACUAAAAUGCCUUUCACCUGAUGAUUUUUUAAAUUUACAUUCAAAUGUCACUUUUGUAGUUUACAGAAAUAGAACUGUUUGUCCUAAGAGCAGGCAUCAAGCCUUUCCUAGGUAAUUGGUCUUCCUCCUCCCUGCUCCCUCCACAAGCAAAGUUCACAGUGCCCUGGAAGAAUUCCUGCUCCAUGCCAUCUGCAGCGGAGACAUGACUGAUGAGAGCAACAGUUCCUUGGUGUUUUCUGUGCCUCUCCACAGUGCUGAGUUAGCAAAACUCAGGUUUCUGAAAUUCAUUAUGAAUGCAAGACUGCCUGUCUGGGCACUAGGAAUUGUUCAAAUACACCUAAGCCUAUUGCACCCAAUGGGACAGAUUGUCCUGAACAGAGACAGAAUUAAACAGAACAGUUCUGCAGAGCUGUGUUUGUGCUACAAAAUGAGCUGGACAAGUCCUGGUGCAGCAGGAGAGAAAUGACUGGGUUUUGUUGGAUUGCACCCCUCUCCAUAUUUGAGACACACAGAGAAGUCCUUGAGAAAUCCAGUGUACCUCAUCUCAGUGCCAUAUUGUGUAUGGGACAGGUGGGCCACAGAAUUGCUUACCACAUGGUUUGUUGGUAAGAGAGAAACAAGCUGCAUUGGGAGUGCAGAUGCAGGAGGUGGCUCUGAAAUGGAGCAAGGGAUGGCUGUGCAGGUGUGUAGCUUUUGAAUGUGUUGGAGCCUUGGGCAAGCAAGGAGGUGGCACAGGUGAGCAGUUUAGAUGCUAGAAGAACCACUGCCAAAGGUUUCAAAAACAGUGGUUUUAUUAAAAAUGUUGUAAAAGUAAGACUUGAGAAGUUUGAUGGCAAAGUACUCUGUUACUACAGAGGAUAUGAUAAUGAUUUAAAGUUACCAAUACAAAAUCCAGUGGCACUAUAGUACAAACCUGUGUGUGACAUGGGUCACUUACCAGAAGCCUGCAGCUGAUCAGGUAUGUCUCAGCCUCGAGGAGGAACACUGAGAGCAUCCUAGCUCACAGGGAAAUCACUGCUGUACAGCCAGCUGAUGAGCAUGAGAGCUAAAAAAAAGGUUCCCUCAGACUGUUGUUUAUGGAAUAAAGUGGUUGGCUUGAAGUAAAAUUACCUUUGUUGGAGAAGGUAAACAUGAGACUCUUGUACUUGCACCUUUCUUUGUUCCUUGAUAAAUGAGUGUUGGAAAAACCACCACUAUUCAUGUGUUAAUUGCAUGGUUGGUAUCCCAGAUUCCAGUCCAUAUGCCUCAGUGCUCACCAUGUCACUCUGCUCCUGUGGGGGUUUUCAGAGAAAUGCUUGGAGCAAAUGAAGGUCGUGGCCUGGUUAUGUCCAAGCCCAUACCACAAAAUGAAAGAUAAGCAGGAGCCAGUUCUCAGCCCUGAGGCAGAGGCAGUGGAUGUCUAAUGCACUCAUGGCUUAGGGUUCUGUUUUAAUUGGGUUGUAUCUGUGCUGUGUAACUGUGGGCAAACAUGGUAUCUGUGGCCCUAAGUGGGUUUUUUUGUUUGUUUGUUUUGUAUGCUUCAAGCUUAAAAAAUCAUGGGGUUGUGUUGCAACA